GAGCGCCCGGCGGCGGGAAGUCCCCGCGAAUGAGCAAUUAUUAUGCAAAUGAGCUGCGUAAUGAGAGCGGCUCGUUCUCAGCGCGGGCUCCGCGCCUUGCAGCCCGCCAAAGUCACCGGCGCCGUUCCCUCAUUAGCGGACUUCCCUCUAAUUUGAUUGUCAGACGUUUCGGGGCGGCAGCGUGCCGCGGCCUGCUCCAGGUCACACUUCCCGCCUCACGGCUAAUUGCUGAUGGAAAUGAAAGGCCGAGAGCUGCAGAUGAGGCGCACCGGUACAGGGAGGGCUUAGAAAUAAAAGAUCCCAAAGCUUGAUGAGAGAAAGAGCAACGAAGGGUUUUGGGGGGUGAGAGGGGGAGCAGCCCGAACCUGCUGCUCUGCCCCGGUGUGUGAGGCACUGCCAUAACCCCACCCAGGAUGUGCCCACAGCGACAGCCAGCAUCGGGAUUUGUUAUGGGAAGCAGAGGCCGGAGCUAAGGUUGGCUGAAGCAAACCUUGAGCUUGUGGAAACGCUGUCAGCAGAUGUCCGGCCGCUCCUGUCUGCGGGAGACCUCCGGGGGAACUCCAAGUGCCUGGGGAGCCAGAGCAGAGUGAUUUACCCUUUAUCAGACUCCCCCUCUGUGAAGAUGUCCCAGUCCUCUCCUGCUGAUGAAAGCACAACAUUUGAACACCUCUGGAGUACACUGGCACCAGACAGCACCUACUUCGACCUCUCUCCAUCCAGUCAUACAGGUGACAAUGAGGUCUCCAACCGCACAGAGAUCACAAUGGAUGUCUUCCAGAUGAGAGGCAUGAAUGACUCUGUUAUGUCCCAGUUUAAUUUGCUGAACAACAGCAUGGAUCAGAGCAUCGGCAGCAGAGCAGCCUCCACCAGCCCUUACAGCUCCGAGCACACCUCCAAUGUCCCAACGCAUUCACCCUACUCGCAGCCCAGCUCUACCUUCGACGCCAUGUCCCCAGCUCCUGUCAUCCCCUCCAACACUGACUACCCAGGUCCCCACCACUUUGAGGUGACCUUCCAGCAAUCCAGCACAGCCAAGUCAGCCACCUGGACAUACUCCCCACUGCUGAAGAAGCUCUAUUGUCAGAUUGCCAAGACAUGUCCCAUCCAGAUCAAGGUGUCCAGCCCACCUCCACCAGGCACCAUCAUCCGGGCCAUGCCUGUCUACAAGAAGGCCGAGCACGUGACAGAAGUGGUGAAACGCUGCCCCAACCAUGAGCUGGGGCGUGACUUUAACGAUGGCCAGUCAGCCCCAGCCAGCCACCUCAUCAGGGUGGAAGGCAACAACCUCUCCCAGUACGUGGACGACCCUGUGACAGGACGGCAGAGUGUGAUGGUGCCCUACGAGCCCCCACAGGUGGGGACCGAGUUCACCACUAUCCUGUACAACUUCAUGUGCAACAGUAGCUGUGUGGGAGGAAUGAACAGGAGACCCAUCCUCAUUAUCAUCACGCUGGAGACGAGAGACGGCCAAGUCCUAGGAAGGCGAUCAUUUGAGGGACGGAUCUGUGCCUGUCCUGGCAGAGACAGGAAAGCUGAUGAAGACCAUUACCGAGAGCAACAAGCCCUGAAUGAGAGUGCAGCUAAAAAUGGCAACGCCAACAAACGCACAUUCAAACAGAGCCCUCAGGCAAUCCCAGCACUGGGGCCAGGCGUUAAGAAACGGAGACACGGGGAGGAGGAGAUGUAUUAUGUGCCUGUGCGAGGCAGGGAGAACUUCGAGAUCCUGAUGAAGAUAAAAGAGAGCCUGGAGCUGGUGGAGCUGGUCCCGCAGCAGCUGGUUGACUCCUAUCGGCAGCAACAGCAGCAGCUUCUGCAGAGGCAAAAUCAGCUGCAGACACCUUCCUCCUACGGCCCUGUCCUCUCACCUAUGAAUAAAGUCCACGGAGGAGGAAUCAACAAGCUGCCCUCUGUCAACCAGCUGGUCGGGCAGCCAGCACAGCACAGCUCUGGCUCAGCAUCAAGCCUGGGGCCAAUGGGACCUGGGAUGCUGAACAGCCACCCCAUGCAACCCAAUGGAGAAAUGAACGGGGGCCAUUCGUCCCAGUCCAUGGUCUCAGGAUCACACUGCACCCCUCCUCCACCCUACAACCCCGAUCCCAGCCUGGUCAGUUUUUUAACAGGAUUGGGGUGUCCAAACUGCAUCGACUAUUUCACCUCACAAGGGUUACAGAAUAUUUACCACCUGCAGAACCUAUCCAUAGAGGAUCUCGGAGCACUGAAGAUCCCAGAGCAGUACCGGAUGAUCAUCUGGAGGGGCCUUCAAGAACUCAAGCAGAGCCACGACUACGGGGCCCAGCAGCUCAUCCGCUCCAGCAGCAACGCCUCCACCAUCUCCAUUGGCAGCUCGGGGGAGCUGCAGCGGCAGCGCGUGAUGGAGGCCGUGCACUUCCGCGUGCGCCACACCAUCACCAUCCCCAACCGCGGCGCGGCGGAUGAGUGGGCAGACUUUGGCUUUGACCUCCCAGACUGCAAGUCCCGCAAACAGUCCAUAAAAGAAGAAUUCACGGAGGGAGAGAUCAACUGAGGUUCUCCAGGACACGACGGUAGGAAACCAGACACGAAGGGAGUCCGAGGGACGGGCUGGGGAAACCAAACCCUACGUGAAAAAUGGGAGAAUACUUUCAGCCUUGAGCAGCUGGAGAAGCAUAAUUUUGCUGGACAGACGCGGACUGUCGGCUGCGUGAGAAAAUACGGCCCCGAUCCAUCUGCCAGGUACUUCCCAGAGAGGAAAUCCCAGUGGUUUAUCAGAGGAUCGAUGGAAGGACGGGGCGGUGAGAGCUCCUGGAAUGCAGCGCAGAUUCUGACUGCACGCGGCAGAGGAGUCAUCUGCUGGUUCAUCCUUCUGCUUUGUAUUGUGCUGGACGAGCCUUGCAUCAAACAGAUGCAGCAUAAAGAUAGAACAUUUUCUGUUAGUGAGACCUACCUUCUUACCUCUGUUCUGUGUUCUCAGUGGUGUUGAAAACCAAAAAACGAUUUAGCCCUUAU